GCCAAGCAGCUUCUCUUUUCAGUGGGGUAAAGGGGGGAGUAGGAAGAGCAAGCGCGAGCUGCGCGAGAGGAAAGAGAGAGGUUAGGUUUGCUUGCGGCGAUGGCGGCGAUAAAGGGCCUGGGUAGGAACAUCCCCUACUUGAGGCAGCAGGCUGCGGCCCUGUUGGGCAACACCAGCACCAGCGUCAAGUCCAUCUGCGUGGUGGUGCUAUUCUCUUACUGCCUAUCCUUUUCCGAGGAGGCGGUGCGCAUCCUGAGCGUGACGCCAGGUUACCUGCUGCCGCCGGUUUUCUGGUUCUGGACGGCCUUCACCUUCUGCUUCCUCGAGAUACACUUCUGGGAAGUAUGCGUGGACAUAGUCACGGUCGGCCUGUGCGGCAAGCUGAUCGAGCCCCUCUGGGGCGCCUUCGAGAUGAUGACGUUUUUCGCUGUCGUCAACUUCGGUGUCGCCGUGCUCUCCGCGCUUUUCUAUCUGUUUCUCUACAUGUGUACCAGCAAUCCGGACCUGCUCUUCAACAUACAUAUACACGGUUUGACCGGCUACAUCGCAGGUGUUGCAGUGGCGGUGAAGCAAAUAAUGCCUGAUCAUAUCUUAAUCAAGACACCCAUUGGAAAAAUUACAAACAGAAAUAUACCAUUAAUGGUAUGGAUUGUGGGAUUGAUAUUGUGGCUUGUUGGAUUACUAGAAGGUACUCAUCCCACCAUGUUUCUUAGUGGACUUUUGAUAUCUUGGACAUACCUGAGAUUUUAUCAGAAGCACAACAAUGGAACUCGAGGAGAUAUGGCAGACAAUUUCACAUUUGCGAGUUUUUUCCCAAAUGUUUUACAACCACCGAUAGCGGUAGUGAGUAACACCAUACAUGGAUUUUUUGUGCGUAUUGGACUGUGCCGGAAGGUAGUUAGAAGAUUUGACAUGUCCAAUACACCACCUGGCUUAGUUAUUAAUCUUCCUGGUAUUGAUCCUCACGACAGCGAACGACGUCGGCAAAUAGCGUUGAAAGCACUGAGCGAGAGAUUAAACAAAGAUCACGCAAAAUCUUGGCAACCAGACAGAGCUAAGAAACACUCCCCAGUACCUCCUGCGGUUUCCAUACCAAUACCUGAAUCCACCACACCAAAACCGCUCGCGUCUCCCCUCAUUCCACAAGUCAACGUUAAUAUACAUAAUCAUCCCUCUAGUAGCAGUACGUGAUUAUACGAGACAGACUGAUCUCAAUAGGUUUACAAAUUACACUGAAAAGCUUCUAAAGAAUAAUUAUAAGACGCAGGUUUAUAAUAUGGCUAUAUGCAAUAAUGAGUAUAAAUCCUAUUUUUUUACUCCUGCAGACAGAACAUAUUAUGAAAAGAACACUACUUUAAGUAGUACCAAAAUUAUUUUCUUCACAGAGUGUAUAAUAAAAUGUCAUUUCAUAAAAAUUAAUAUACAUAAAAUUCAAUUUAUUAACAAUAUUUAUUUACGUAUAAUAAAUUUUUAUUCUUAUAAUAUUCAUAUAUAUUGAAACAGAAUUUCAUGGAAAACUUCUAAUUAAAUACCUUCUAUAGUAAUACCUUUGAAAUCUGAAACUAUAAUACUAUUUAAUAUUAUUAUACAUUGCCAGUAAUUAUCGUCGUUAUGCAAAAAUGAGUUUUAUUUUUUUUUUUAUUUCUACACACAAAAGUUUAUUUUAAUUUUACGCAAUAUUUAACUUACAAAUAUUAUGGAACACUUUUCUGAUUAAAAAGAAAUUAAUAAUUUGCCAUAUUUCAUGGAAAUAAAAUUAAUGCAAUAUAAAAAUUCAGUCAUUACUUUAAAUUUCUAAAAUUUUUGUAUAGUACAUAUUUUUUUGUAUUAAUUAAAAUAUUUGUCUUUAGUUACAAAAUAUUGCAAUAUUGGGAUAUCAUACUCUUUAUUGAUUAUUAUGCCAUAUUGCCGAUUUAAAAAAUAUGAUCUUUGGAAGAUUUUUAACAGUAUAUGUGUGAAAAGAAUAAAAUUAAUGUUUGUAUUUUAUGCUAUUUUCCAAGAAACGAAACAAUUCUUUAUUAUACUAAAGAUUAUAUAAAAAUCAAUGACAUGAGAAUUUUAAUGUCUACAAAAAAAACUUACAAGUUUGUAGUGCCAUAUAAUUAGAGCACUGUUUCAUAAAAAAAGUGAUUCAACAGUAACAUAAUUAGAUGCUUUCAGUGCGGAACAUACAGCGAUAUAAUUUUGUUAAGAAAAAAUUGAAAUUGAAUAAAAUGAUUCAAUCUUGCUUUAAGAUAAAUUUUGUACUAUUGAAAAAAAACCGCGCGGAAAAAAUAGGGAAUUAUCUUGAUGUUAACUUAUACAUGUGUAUGUUGAAAUCGGCUAGUUAUGAAAAUGUGCAGGAAAAAUUCUGCACAUUUACAUUUCAAUUAAAACAUAUAAAUAUAUAAAUAUAUAUAUAUAUAUACAUAUAUUUUUUCAAUAAAAUGUUCUAAAUUAUUAUAAUCGACAUAGAAUAUAAUAUUCGUUUCCUAUAUUAUUAUUAUUCUACCCUUUUUAAAGUUUCCAAGUGUUAUACAUGAAGAUGUGUAUAAAAAAUUUCAGUUUAAAUUACAUAAUUUUAUUUUGUACAGAAUCAUUUAUGUUAUGUAAAUGCGUAUUUAAUGUUAUAAAAUGUAUAACAUUUUUAGUUCAUAGAUGCAUUCGCUAUACAUAGAUGGGAGUGCAUGGGGUGUGGAAGAUAGUUUUAAUAAUAAUUAUAACAAAUACUGAAGUAUCUUGUAUAUAAAAUUACACAAAUAAAUUUGUAAAUAUAAUAAAGAUUGAUGUAAAAUGUAAAGGGAACAAGAUAUUAAAAAGGGGCAGUGAUUAUAUGUAGCGAUAUCGCUAUGUAUAAUCAUUCCAUUAUAUAUAAUGGAAUGAUAUUAAGAGCUAUUUUUAUGUAUGGUGUGAAUAAAGUUUACAAAGUAUAUGAUAUUGUAUGUUUUGAGUGAUUUUGGCCGUCUAUUCAACACAAUGUUAUUAUGACGAAUCUUUUAUUAAGUACUUUUAUUAUGAAUAUUUAGUCAAUUAAAAUAUUUAUUAUUGUGUCCGAGAAAUAGAAGGCCAAAAUUAAUUGAGUGUGAAUGAAUACGAGUAUUUGUUGAAUUCACAGAAAGCAUGUUUUAAAAAUCUAAUGUAAUUAUUACAUGCAUAUGUACAUGUUAUAUAUAUAUAUCAUUAAUUUUGUACAUAAGUUACAAUCGUUACGAUCUGUACAAUAUUAAAUUCUACCGACAAAA